UACAUUUUGGUCAAUAUUAGUAAGAAAAGGAAGACUUCAAGGACCUACUAGUAAUUUAUAUCCUUCGGUCGCCUGAAAAUCACAAACGGUACGGAAGGUUUAGGUUCUGAGCGAUGGAACCUUACAAAACCAGGAGAAGAUGGAGGACUCAAUCGCCUUAUAAUCCGUAAUUUCAUGGUUGCAAUGAUGUUUUCCAGAUUCUUGAAAAAAAUAGAAAGAAUUGCUCAAUUCGAUAUCUGCAAUGCUCAUAAAAACCAGGUUUCAAGGUCCAAACUUUAUAAUGUUUACAGUACAGUGAGAUGUUAUCAGAAUGGUAGAUUUGUCUGUUCUUCACGGCAUUGGUCUCAAUCACCAACAAGGGUUUUCGGGAAUAGGGUUUCUAAAGCAAUGAAGAACGAAGCUCAAAAAGCUCUCUUUGAUUAUUUGCAUUAUACUAGAACUCUUAGUUUUAUUGAUGCAGAGCAUAUAAGUAAGAAUUCCCCUAGUUUUGUUUUGGUUUUGUUGUCCAAGAUUGAUGAUACUCGUAAAGAGGAUAUAUCCCGUUCGUUGGCCAAGUUUCUAAGGUACAAUCCCAUCAACGAGUUUGAACCCUUUUUCGAGAGUUUGGGUUUGCGUCCAUCUGAGAUAUCGUGUUUCCUUCGGCGUGACUUGGUGCUUUUGAGUGAUGAUGGUGUCAUGUUUGAGAACUUUCAUGUUCUUUGCCAUUAUGGGAUUCCUCGUGGCAAGAUUGGUCGGAUGUAUAAAGAAGCAAGAGAGAUUUUUGGAUACGAGGAUGGAGUUUUGGCUUCGAAACUUGAAGCUUAUGAGAGCUUGGUUCUUAGUAAGACUACAGUUAUUAAGCUUGUUACUUAUUGCCCGUUGCUUCUUGUUGGUGGCAUUGAUGGUGAGUUUGUUUCCGUGGUGAAUAAGUUGAAGAGGUUAAACAUAGGAUGUGAUUGGCUUGCUCGUUAUUUGUCUGAGAGGAAAACAUAUAACUGGCGUCGGAUUCUUGAGACAAUGGAGCUUCUUGAUAAGGUUGGGUUUAAAGAGGAAAAGUUGAGUAGUCUGUUGAAAGCAUAUCCAGAUUUGGUGGGUGAAACUGCUGGCAAUAAAGCUUAUAUGAUGUUUGAAAAGUUCCAUAAAGUACUUGGACUUGAGAUGAAUGAAAUAGAUAAAUUAGUGAUAGACAACCCAGAGAUGCUAUUAGAGAAAUCUGUAAAAAGAAUUUUGGAGGCGUUGAAGUUCUUGAGACGUAUCAAAAUGGAAAAGCAGUUUAUCGUUAGUUUUUUACUGUGUCACAUGAAGCUUAUCUGUUCAUCAUCUCUGAUAGGAACUAGAGCUGUUUGGAAUAGAUCGAAAAUCGGAAGAGACGAGUUAUGUCAGAUUAUAAAAGGAGAGCCUUUGAAAUUGUUCAGUUUAGCUUGUAAACUUAAUAAUAGUAGGAUUGAACUUGAUUCACUGGAUUCGAGGAAUGCAGAGAAGACGGCAUUCUUGUUGAAGCUAGGGUAUGUAGAGAAUUCUGAUGAGAUGGUGAGGGCUCUGAAAAAGUUCCAAGGGAGGGGAGAUGAGCUGCAGGAGAGAUUCGAUUGCUUUGUAAAAGCUGGUUUGGACUAUAAUGUUGUUACUCAGCUAGUUAAGCGGGCUCCUCAUAUACUUAACCGGCCGAAAGAUAUCAUAGAAAAGAAGAUCAAUAUGCUAACAGAUUAUUUGGGUUAUCCAAUUGAAUCCCUGAUAGAGUCCCCAACAUAUUUGUGUUAUAGUUUGGAGAGAAUACAUCAGAGGUUCUCAAUGUACAUUUGGUUGAGGAAAAGAGAUGCAGUUAUUCCAAGGCUGACACUAGGCACUAUUGUUGGCAUUUCUAAUACCUUGUUUGUGUCAUACGUUGUCCGUACCCACCCUCAAGGUCCAGCUAAUUGGGAAAAUAUAAAGAAAGCAUCUUACCUGAAGUGAAGUUAACUGGUCAGUUCAAUUAUUUAACCUAAUCUUCAAUCUGGUGCAGAUGUCUGUUGAUCUAUAACAUUGUCUCAUUGCUGUGCUCACAGUCAGUUACUUUAGUCUGGCAUUUUUCAGUGCGGUGGGGAGGAUCAGAGAAUAUGUCGAUGCAUAGAAGUAUUUCCGCCUUUGAAAUUGGUGGUAACUCUAUUCAUCAGUCUAGUGAUAUGAAUUCCACACAAAUGGACAAGGAAGGACUUGGAGAAAGCUGAAACAACAAAGACUCUCCAUAAUGUUGAUAUGCUAUAUGCUAUUUUGAAUUCAGCGAAGUGAUUCUUAGACGGGACUGAACAUAUUGAUAAAUUGGAAAGGGACAGUCGUUCAUUGAUACAUUAUUCUUCGAUCACUUUCCGGAGUUGGAAAGGCACACUUGACGUCUGAUGCAGCUUAAAAUGCUUUCUUUGUUGAAAGAGGCAGUAUUGGUCAGACAAGCCCCCUAUACCAAAGAGAUCAGCUAACAUCUACAUACUGGGACAUACCUGUGACAGUUCUAUUCAGAAUGCAUUAUUACAGGUUUUUUGGAACAAUGGGUUUUGUCCUUUACUCUUUAGCCACCAUAGUCUUAUCUGCUGUAACUAUGUAAAGAUGGCUAUGACAAAUGAUCAUUUUUUUUUGUGUGUCUUUG